CGUCGCUCUUAUCAUUAUUCAUAUUUCAUAGUUUAUUUUGUACGUACUAUACUACGCUCUGAGGGUGCGUUCGAAGUUCGAACGAUACGAAAGACAUAUUACGAUAUACCGCCUAACUUACCCAUAUUAUAUUGGCGACAGCAUAUCUUAAAUCAUAUUGUUGUUUGUUAGUAUCGUUACUCGCUUGUCCAGUCGGAAGGGAAUACAUCGCGAUCACAAUAUUUACCUUCGAUCCCUGCUAUUAACUGUAGUAGUCCGCAGACUAGUCGUCACCCAUCGACGAUCGUCUUUGUAUUGUACGCACGCGCGAUCGAGGUUUUCGUAUUAAAUGCGUUCACCGACAUCAUCUGAUCUUUACUGGGCGCCAGGACCGAGACUCGACUGACAAUAAACAACUGUGACAUUAACAUCGUCGGCGUAAGGGGCUCUAAAGUACCUACUCGCGAAUCACUCGAUUUUGUUCAUAGUCAAAGGUCGUUCAUUGUCACUCACGUCCGGCAACUCGACUUGCUCCCCUUGCGACACGUAGUCAGCGACCGACGUCCGUGUACACUAUGCUUUCAGACGAGUUUGACGUGGAAGAAAACAAUUCCCAGAGUGAUAUAAUAAAUGAAGGGAGCAAUUCUGAGAAUGUCGAUUUAAGUGAUAAUUCUCUUCAAGUUGUUAUUUCUGAUGCUCUCAGUGAAAAGGACCGAGUCAAAUUCACUGUUUUGUCAAAGACAACAUUACCAGAUUUUCAAAGGUCAGAAUUUUCAGUUGUACGUCAGCAUGAAGAAUUUAUCUGGUUACACGAUCAGUUUGAAGAAAAUGAAGACUAUGCAGGGUUUAUUGUUAGUAUGGAAAUUUAUGAAAUUAUGAAAUCUCUAUCGAAAACGACAGAUGAAUAUCUACUUUCUGCAACUGUGAGAGAUGUCAAUGAUUUCUUUGAGCAAGAAAAAAAUUUCCUUAUAGAUUAUUAUGGCCAUUUAAAAGAUGCUACUAUGAAAUCAGAUAAAAUGGUAAACAAGCAUAAAGAUGUUGCAGAUUGUUAUAUCAAGAUUUCAUCAUGUUUAGUCCAAUUAUCUACUUUUGAUCAUAGAGAACUUGAUUGGUUUUUAAACCGAUUUUCUGAAACAUUGGAAAAGCUUAGAAAAGUCGAAGGGAGAGUUGCAUCAGAUGAAGACCUUAAACUUUCAGAUACAUUGCGUUACUAUGUAGGUGAUUCAUUUGCUGCAAAACGAUUAUUAUAUAGGCGAUUGCGUUGUUUGGCCAACUACGAAACAGCUAAUCGAAAUUUAGAAAAAGCUAGAGCAAAAAAUAAAGAUGUUCAUGCAGCUCAAGAAGUUUAUGAUGCAGAGGCAACUCAACAGAUAUCGUGUGAAAAAUUUGAAGUCAUGUCUGAUAAGGGAAAAGAAGAAUUGAUUGAUUUUAAAGCAAGACGAGUGUCAACUUUCAAUAAAAACUUAUUAGAACUUGCUGAGUGGGAAAUUAAACAUGCACAGCAUCAAAUAGACAUUCUAAAAACUAGUCUUGAAAUGAUAAACAGCGAAGAAAAGAAGUCAACACUUAACGUCGAGUUGGCACGACGUUAUCAUGGGAACAAUUGUUUUAAUUUAUUUAUGUCUAUGAAUUUAAAUAAUUUAUUUGUGAGUUUCAAUUGAAUGAAACAUAUUGGUAUUGUGUUAUUAAAUUAACUAAGUAAUUACAAAUUGUAUGUAUAUUAUUUACUCAAAAGUAUCAGCU